AAUGCUAGGAUUGUCUCACAGAUUUUCGAGUCUGAGAUCACUUCCUUCUUCAUCUUUCUUUUGAUCUUGGUUUAAGAUUCCAUUUUUCUUCUUCGGUCGAUUUGUUAUCAGAUUCUUGUUCUUCCAAAUUCCUAUCCUGUUCCUUAAUAGCGCUAUAAUUUGAAGCUGUUUACAGCCAUGGAAGGCAAGACCAAUCCAUGGUUGGUGUUGUGUCUACUCUUCCUCUAUUUCUCUCUCAAUCCCUGUGUCUCCUCCGGAGCUGAUACCAUCUCCAUCAACCAAUCUCUCUAUGGUGACAAGACCAUUGUUUCCGGCGGCGGAGUCUUUGAAUUGGGUUUCUUCAAUCCAGCUGUUCUUGGAGACGAUGAGAAUUUGGUUCUAAGAAAUGGGCCUAAUUCAAUGUCUUAUUUAUGGCAAAGUUUUGAUUUUCCUACUGAUACAUGGCUUCCUGGUAUGAAAAUCAGAUUCGACAAGAAGACUCAUCACAGCCAGCUUCUUACGUCAUGGAAAAAUUCCAAGGAUCCUGCUCCAGGGCUCUUUUCUCUUAACCUUGAUCCAGACGGGUCCAAUUCUUAUAUCUUACUGUGGAACAGGUCUGAACAGUAUUGGACUAGUGGACCCUGGGACUGGGAACGAAAGUUCUUCAGCUUGGUUCCUGAAAUGAGAUUGAAUAAUAUCCACCAUUUCAGCCAUGUUAACUUUGUUAACCAUGAAAAUGAAAGCUAUUUCACAUACACUCUCUAUAAUUCUUCUACCAUAUCUAGAUUUAUUUUGGAUUUUUCAGGGCAGGUUAUGCAGCUGUCAUGGAUGGAGAGCACUCAGAAAUGGAUUUCGUUCUGGUCAGAGCCUAGACAACAAUGUGAGGUUUAUGCUUUUUGUGGGGCAUUUGGCAGCUGCAAUGAGAAGGCGUUGCUUUCUGUAGCUGCUCACAUGGGUUUGAAUGCCACUCUAGUUAAUGGAAAGAGUGACAAGGUUCGGGUAAACCCCAACAUGGCUUUACCAGAACAUCCAAAAACUCUCGUGGCUGGAAGUAUUAAGGAGUGUGAAUCUGCCUGCCUCAAGAACUGCUCUUGCACUGCUUAUACUUAUGAGAGCAAUGGGUGUACAGAGUCUGCGGGGCUACUUCUGUUUGCCCUUAUGAUGCUUGUAUUAUUCAGCCAGAAAAAGAGAACAAAUGAGGCUGCAAAGGGGAAGAAGCAGUUUCAUACAGAAGGCAACACAAUUGGGACAAUCCAGCAUGUCAAUCAUGUUAGGCUUCGAGGGUUCUGCUCUGAAGGUAUGAGGAAAUCGUUGGUCUAUGAUUACAUGUCAAAUGGUUCUUUAGAUACUCAUCUUUUCCAUGAAGAGGAUUGGAAUGUUGUGGACUGGGAAACAAGAGAUUGUAUCAUUGACUGUGACAUAAAGCCAGAGAACAUUCUUUUGGAUGCAGAAUUCUAUCCAAAAGUCGCAGACUUUGGCUUGGCGAAGCUUGUUGGUAGGGACUUCAGUAGGGUCCUAACAACCAUGAGAGGGACAAGGGGCUAUCUGGCACCAGAGUGGAUUGCAGGGGUAGCCAUAACAACCAAAGUAGAUGUUUACAGCUAUGGAAUGAUGCUUUUUGAGUUUGUAUCAGGAAGAAGAAACUCUGAACAAACUACUAAUGGGAAAGUUCAAUUCUUCCCAACUUGGGUAGCAAGCAUUGUAACCCAAGGAGGUGAUGUCCUUAGCUUGUUAGACCCUAGGUUGCAUGGAAAUAAUGCCAAUAUAGAUGAAAUCUCAAGAAUUUGUAAAGUGGCUUGUUGGUGCAUCCAGGAUGAUGAAACUCGUAGGCCAUCCAUGGGCCAGGUAGUGCAGAUUCGGGAGGGGGCUUGUGGAAGUGAACUUGCCCCAAAUCCCCAGAUCUCUUCAAGUGUUUAUGGACAGCCAGGAGCACAUAGUUUUCUUCACUGAAACAUUCUCAAGCUAAGGUCCAUUAGUUCAUAGAAAUACUUCAACUGCCUCUUAGACUAAGAGCACCACAUCCUCAAUGAAUUUGUAAAUCAUAA